GCUUGCUGAGGAGGAGAAAGCGUUUUGGAGCCGAGCUCAAUAAACACACACACACACACACACACACACACUCUCUCUCUCUCUCUCUCUCUCUCUCUCUCACGCGCAUAGUUCUGCAGGAUUUCCACUUUUUUCUGGGUCACGGGGAGCCUGGAGCCUAUCCCAGGGAGCAUCGGGCACAAGGCGGGGUACACCCUGGACAGGCUGCCAAUCCAUCGCAGGCCUAAUGUAGUAUUUGCCCAAGAGAUCCCGGGAGAUGCAUAAAAGGCCUGAGAUGAAACAGAAAGACCUGGCUGUCUGGAUAAACAAGAUUAUCUUUUCUUGAACGUCAGAGAUAAGUAGUGUAUCAGAUCUGCGCAACGAGGCUUUAACUCAGCGACGAUUAGGAAUUGGAUUUCUACUUUCACAGCCACCCAGUAUCCCUGAGACGUUAUCUUUAUUUGUUGGAGUCGUAAAACUCACUGCUCCUGUGAUGAUAAAGACGUUUUUAAAUGAGUGAGAAAACAGCGGAGGAUUUGAGACGAUUUCAGAACCCCAGGAUUGAUAAAUCAUGGAUGCAUACGCCCGAGGCCCUGGCCAAGCAUUUUAUUGCCUACAAUGCCAAGUUUCUGGGGAACACGGAGGUCGAUCAGCCCAAAGGAACAGAGGUGGUGAGAGAUGCAGUUCGAAAACUCAAGUUUCAAAGACACAUAAAGAAGUCAGAGGGACAGAAGAUCCCCAAAGUGGAGUUACAAAUCUCAAUCUACGGAGUGAAGAUACUAGAUCCCAAAACAAAGGAAGUGCAGCACAAUUGCCAGUUGCACCGGAUAUCCUUCUGCGCAGACGAUAAAACAGACAAAAGGAUAUUCACGUUUAUCUGCAAAGACUCCGAAUCUAACAAACAUCUCUGCUACGUGUUCGACAGUGAAAAAUGUGCAGAAGAGAUCACUUUGACUAUUGGCCAGGCGUUUGAUCUGGCAUACAAAAAGUUCUUGGAGUCGGGAGGGAAAGACGUGGAGACGAGGAAACAGAUAGCAAGCUUGCAGAAAAGAAUUCAGGAGCUGGAGACAGAAAACUCUGAAUUGAAAAAACAGUUGCAAACGCUUGAGGAACAACUGCUUAUCGCUCCGGUUCCUCCUGGGGGUAACAACUCCAAAGUUCCCACGGAUAUUUUCGACAUGGUUCCGUUUUCUCCAGUGGCACCUCUGGUUCCACUCCCAGCUAGUAAUUCUUCACCUCCUCCACCUCCAGCAAGACCGACAGAGAUCAGGAGGGACCUGUUUGGUGCCGAGCCCUUUGACCCUUUCACUUGCGGUGGUGCCGACUUUCCCCCAGACGUCCAGUCGCGGCUGGAUGAGAUGCAGGAGGGGUUCAAAAUGGGACUAACAGUAGAGGGCACUGUUUUUUCCCUUGAUCCACUCGACGGUCGCUGCUGAUGCCAGGAAGACAUUUCUUUGUUAACUUAACUGUUCACCCAUUUGUAAUAAAGUGCCAAAAUUUUGGGUCUACAGUCAAGUUGUCAGUGUGUUCUCCCUGAGAUUUGUAUGUAUUUGCGUUUGGUAUUUGGUUUACAAAAAGAAAGUAUAUUGAGAAGCAGAAUGCCAGAUUGCUAUUUUUGUAUGAACUGUAACAAGGGCAUGGAGGACUGUCUCUCUGUGUGUGUGUGUGUGUGUGUGUGUGUGUGUGUGUGUGUGUGUGUGUGUGUGUGUGUGUGUGUGUGUGUGUGUGUGUGUGUGUGUGUGUGUGUGUGUGUGUGUGUGUGUGUGUGUGUGUGUGUGUGUGGGCACUGAUAGAUGUAGAUAGUAAAACCGAUGGUACAACCUGAGAGGAAGGGUUUCAUAUGGCACACCAUGAUGUCGAUCUUAUUUUACACAGAUGUUGAUCUUUUAAUUUGUUCUCACAUCAGACAAACGUCCACUUCAUGACAGCAUGCAGCAUCAUCUUAAUUAAUACACUUACAAAUACUGGAAUAUCAAUCUUACCCUUUGCUAACUCUAGAUUACGUUUCAUUUCAUUUUUCCCCCUUGUUAUUCAUCAGAAUCAUUGUAAUAUUUUCUUAACUGGACAUUAAUAUUUUUGAUGGAUUUUAUAACUCUGUAGCUGGAUUGUUUGUGUAAGAAUGUGUACUUGUACUGCAUUUUAAUUUGGUAUUAUUAUCUAUUUUAGUAUAUUCUUGCACCAGGAAGCACUUUGAGAAAAAAAGUAUUCUGUCCAUAUAUUUACCUGUUCUCUUUCCUUUUUUUUUUUUUUUUUGAUUUGAUUGUAUUUUUUUACUUUGUAUGCAAUAUUUUAGCCUUUGCUGUUGUAGUCAUUAAAGACAGUAAUAUGUGA